GUCAGAAGGCUGUACCGUGGCAAUAAUUCAUCUACCAUUCCAAGUUCCAACUAGAAAAGUAGAUUGAUUCUUUAUGACUUGUAGUUAGUUCUUAUCUUUGUUUUAAGCUCUGUUUCCUGAAGUGACCUGAAAAAAUUUAUAUAAUCAACACUGUCUUUCUAAUCUCUCCAUCAAAUUCUGCAAAUGGAUUCAAGCUCUAAAGAAAUAACCCAUGAUUUCCCACCUUUAUUCAAAGUUUACAAAGAUGGCACCGUAGAGAGGUACAUGAUUGCAGACUAUGUUCCAUCGGGCCAUGAUCCAACAACCGGAGUCCAAACUAAAGAUGUUGUGGUUUCGGCAGAAACCGGCGUAAAAGUCCGUCUUUUCAUCCCAAAAUUGGACGGCCCGAGUAAAAAGCUUCCAGUCCUGGUCCACUUCCACGGUGGUGGCUUUUCCAUUGGAUCCCCCUUCGACACACCUUCAAACAACUUUCUCAAGUGCUUGGUCUCUCAAGUUGAGAUCAUAGCCAUAUCCAUUGACUACCGGCUGGCCCCUGAGAACCUUCUUCCAAUAGCCUAUGAUGACUCAUGGGCCGGGCUGCAGUGGGUAGCUACCCACUCUCUCGGGCUAGGACCCGAGCCAUGGCUUAACGAGUUUGCGGAUCUUGGACGGGUUUUCCUGGCGGGCGAGAGCGCCGGAGCAAAUAUAGCCCAUCAAAUGGCAAUCCGAGCUGGCACUACUGGAUUAGUCGGUUCUAAAGUUAUCGGGGCACUAAUAGUGCACCCGUUCUUUGUUGUUGGCAAAGAGGUUGAUGAAAUGUACAAGUAUAUAUGUCCGACAAGUAGCGGAUGUGACGAUGACCCGAAAUUGAACCCGGAAGUGUAUCCGAAUUUGAAGAGUAUGGGGUGUGAUAAAGUGCUGGUGUUUGUUGCAGAGAAAGAUAGGCUUAGAAAUAUAGGUGUGGGUUACUAUGAGAGUUUGGGUAAAAGUGGGUGGGCAGGGAAAGUUGAAUUAUAUGAGACUCUUGGAGAAGGUCAUUGCUUUCAUUUGUUUAAUCCCAAUAGUGAAAAGGGCAUGGCUUUGAUGAAGAAAAUGGUUGAUUUCAUCACUGAAGAUUAAAUAGUUGAUGAUGAUCUUGUUGAAAGAAAAAAAAAAAAA